CUUCAACCUACCUACCAGGCCACACCACUCCCCCACAGAACCUUCCAGAACCCCACCACCAUGGCGGCCUCGCUCCUCUCGCGCGCCGCCGCCGCCGCCUACGCCGCCCGCGGCGCGCGCCUCCUCCCCAAGGAAACCCUCCUUCCCUCCCUCCUCCUACUCCUCGUCCUCGCCGGCACGCCCCCCGCGGGCAGGGUCGGAUGGGCGCGCGCCGCGGCGGAUGGCGCGGGGUUCGGGUGCGGGCCGUCGCCGAUGGCCGCCUUCGGGGUCGCCGCGCGCUGCAACGCCACGUCGUCGUCCGCCGUGUCGGAGGCCGCCUCCGCCGCCACCUCGUGUCUCCACACGGUGCCACGGAACGAGCCCGUCGUGUCCGCCGAGUGGCUGCACGCCAACCUCAGGGACCCCGAUGUCAAGGUUCUUGACGCCUCUUGGUACAUGCCUGCGGAGCAAAGGAAUCCACUUCAGGAGUACCAGGUGGCUCAUAUCCCUGGCGCCUUAUUCUUCGAUGUUGAUGGGAUAUCUGACAGAGCAUCUAGUUUGCCACACAUGCUGCCAUCUGAAAAAGCAUUUUCUGCUGCUGUAUCUUCCCUUGGCAUCUACAACAAAGAUGGAAUAGUAGUUUACGAUGGGAAGGGGCUAUUUAGCGCUGCUCGUGUUUGGUGGAUGUUUCGUGCUUAUGGACAUGACAAAGUUUGGGUUUUGGAUGGUGGUUUGCCCCAAUGGCGUGCUUCUGGGUAUGACGUCGAAUCAAGCGCCUCCAGCGAUGCUAUCUUAAAAGCUAGUGCUGCUAGCGAAGCAAUCGAGAAGGUUUACCAGGGACAAUCGGUUGGUCCCUCCACAUUUGAAGCAAAGUUGCAGCCUCAUCUUCUAUGGAAUCUUGAUCAGGUGAAAGAGAACAUCGAUACCCAGACACAUCAAGUUAUAGAUGCUCGAGGGAAGCCUAGAUUUGAUGGUGCAGUUCCAGAGCCACGUAAGGGAAUAAGAAGUGGGCAUGUGCCUGGGAGCAAAUGCGUUCCUUUUCCUCAGGUGCUUGACAGUUCACAAAAGCUAUUACCUGCAGAUGAGCUCCGUAAACGAUUUGAACAAGAAGGUAUAUCACUUGAUCAACCCCUUGUGACCUCUUGUGGAACUGGUGUGACAGCAUGUGUAUUAGCUCUGGGUCUUCAUCGCCUUGGCAGAACAGAUGUUGCAGUAUAUGAUGGAUCAUGGACUGAAUGGGGUGCUCACCCUGACACUCCGGUUGCUACCGCUGUUUAGCCUUAUGUGCAGUUCAUGGAGGACCAUCUAAUGUACUUGCGCUUUACCGCGAUUCUAUGGAAGAAGGCAGAAGGCAGGUAAACUGAAGAGGUAUGCUGGGGAAACAACGCGUUCGGCGUUUUCAAUGUAAAUUAUCGAAACAGAGAAAUGUCGAAUAUAUGCUAUGUAAAUCAAUACUCAAUGCUUGACUCUCUUAGGGUCUCCUCUCUGUGCCCAGGCAAUAAUAUAUGACAUAACGUUCCACUUUCAA